AUGGGCGAGAGGCGUGGCUCGCAAAAGGAGUCUCGGGGCGUGGGUGCUGCAUUCGGUCGUGAUGCAGGAGCUUCAUGCUUGCUCACAAUUCAUCACUGUGUCGUUGAUGAAGAAAACAUUGUUCGCAAUAAAAGGCCUUCCCUCCUUCAGCUGGUCGGUGAGCGCACGUUGUGGGAAAACCCAUCUCCGAAGAAGUGGCCUAUUCGAGGGAAACAGAACCCCAUCUGCUUAAAUUGUAUUAACGAACGACCGAUACCGCGUUUUUACCCCGACUACUACCGCGACGCGCCGCAGUUCCGGCGCGUAGGGGCGGGGCCGGCCUACCGCCUGGAGAUCCCACGGGCCAAGCUCGACUACACCGGCGCCUACUCCGUCAUCGCACGCAACUGCCAUGGCGAGGCCAAGGCGGUGAUCUCCCUGCAGAUCUACGCAAGGGGACAGGGGAAGGAAGAAGAAAUGGACGCGAGCUCAGUGAAACAUGGGCGCGUGCGGACGCUGCCCGUGGUGCGGCGCGGCCUGAAGGACCUGCGCUGCUGCGACGGCGACGCCGUCACGCUGGAGUGCCGCGUGGCCGCCACGCCGCAGCCACACGUGCGCUGGGAGAAGGGCGGUCGGGCGAGAAAAAUGAGAUAUGUAUGCUAUCUUAACAACCACUUCCAAACAUUUAUAUAG